AUGAAUGUGCAUAGUGAGCCACUCUGGCAGUGGCCUUCCAGCGUCCCUUCUAAUACUUCAAUGAACUCGGAGUCAAGCCAGACACCUCAAAACACUUACCAGUCCAGUGACGAAAACGCGGCUUCUGAAUGCCCCGAGCCUCCCAAGAAACACUAUCCCAAUCGUACUUGUCGCAUCUGCUUGGAAUCAGUCCCUCCUACCUUCCAUCCCCCUUCGGAAAACCUGCCAGGAUUCCUCCAGCCCAAGCCGCGAGUCGUCUAUGAGUCUUCUGACCCAGAGCUUGGCCGGCUUCUUCGCCCCUGCAAAUGCAAAGGUUCUUCGCGUUACGUUCACGAGGGAUGCCUUCAGUCCUGGCGCCAUGCAGAUCCUGAUUAUGGAAAGAGACACUAUUGGCAGUGCCCGACCUGCGGGUUUCAGUACAGGCUAGAACGUCUGAAGUGGGCGCACUGGAUCAGUAGUGCAGCUACCCAGAUUGUAUUAACUUUGAGCAUUUUAUUGUUUACAGUAUUUUUGCUUGGUUUUAUUGCUGACCCCAUCAUCAAUCUUUAUGUGGACCCGGUGGAAACGAUAGUCUACAAGGAAUACUGGGAGCCUAGCACUGUGUCGGGCGCCUUGCCGAACGAGUCAAGACCAUCUUGGGCAGAGCAUUUCGUGAAAGGAUUGGCUUCACUAGGUCUUUUGUCAUUCAUCAAGGCCAUACUUGCAUUGAGCCCAUGGCAGUGGUGGAAUUUGCGCAGUUCAGGUGUCGUCAGCAGUGGGAGGACCACCGGCAGGAGUCGAGCAGCUUCCAUCAGUUGGAUAGUUAUCCUCAUUGGUGUUGGUACCUUCCUAUGGGCUGUUUGGAAAGGUGUCAGGACUUGGAGUCGCAAGACACUGGAGAAAGCCGGCGAACGCGUCAUGGAUGUUCCAUUGCCUGACGACGAUGACGAAGACGAGCCAUUUACUUCCGCUGAAGGACGUCAGUCAUCGAAAAAGGAUGACUGA